AUGGACUGCUCUGAAAAGACCCCCACCAUUUCCCACAGCAAACAUCUCCGGCCUGUGGGGGAGGGCGGCGUGCAGCUCCACUUUGCCCGGCUCUCAGAGCAUGCCUCUGCCAGACCCGGGUGUCUGCGCAGGCCACACAGUGCCUACGAUUAUACAAUACCACCUAUGGAGAAAGUGCUUGUGGAAACAGACAUUCAGAUAGCUCUUCCUUCUCGGUGUUCUGGCUUGGCUUCAAAAUGCUUUACAGAUGUAGGAACUGGUGUCAUAGAUGAAGAUUAUAGAGAAAAUGUUGGUGCUGUGCUGUUUAAUUUUGGCAAGGAAAAGUUUGAAGUAAAAAAAUGUGACCAGGCCGGGUGCUCAUUUGUGAAUGAAUUUUUUAAUUCAGAAAUAGAAGAAGUUCAAGUUUUAGAUGACACUGAAAGGGGGACAGGAGGUUUUUGUUCCACUGGAAAGAAUUAA